AUGUCUCCCUUCACUGCUGUUCCAAUUCAAAAACCUCUUCUUGCGUGUAUCUCAUCCUUCUCGCCCUCAUCGUUUUUGGCUUUGCGGAGCUCGACUCUCGGAGAAGCCAGACAACCAAAGUUUUUGUGCGUGGCAGCCCAUCGGAGUCUGGAGCAAACGCUAGAUCUUGUCGUCUCCUCUUCAUCUUCUUCUUGUUCUUCUUGGACUUCUGCGCUCUCUUCCUCUUACGCAGAGCUUUUGAGGCGAUGUGGUCGGGCUCGAGCUCUAGAAGAUGGCCGACGCGUCCACGCUCACAUAGUUUCUACUGGCCAGUCUCAGAACCCAUUCCUCGGGAAUCUCCUCGUGCAAAUGUACGGGAAAUGCGGCAGCUUGGGCGAGGCAAGACGGGCCUUCGAUGGAAUUCCCGAGAGCAAACGCAAUGUUUACUCGUGGGGUUUAAUGAUCUCGGCGUAUGCCCAGUCCGGGCAUCACAAACAAGCGAUAGAUUUGUUCCAAACAAUGCAAGAAACAAAGACAAUGGUGGUGAAAGCCGACUGCGUUAUACUCGCGAGCGUUUUGGGUUCUUGUGCCGCCUCCGGCGAUCUCCAAACUGGCAAAGCUAUCCACGAAAAAAUCUCUUCUGGGUGCUUGGAUUCCAAUCUCGUUGUCGAGACCGCGCUCUUGGACAUGUAUGCAAAGUGUGGGAAGGUGGCGGAAGCUCGAGGGACGUUUGAUAGGAUGAAAGAGAGGGACGUUAUCUCGUGGAACGCAAUGCUUGCGGCAUAUGCCCAAACUGGGCAUAACACCCAUGCAAUCAAUUUAUAUCACGGGAUGUGCUGCGAGGGAGUCUUUCCAGACGAGUUUACAUUCUCUACGAUCGUUACGUCUUGCUCGAGUUUGAGGCUCUUGAAUCUCGUCCAUGCCGUGAUUGUCGAGAGUGGCAUGCAACACGACGAUGGAAUCUAUUGUGGUCUUAUCAAGUCGUAUGCAAAGCUUAAUCAGAUCGAAGAGUCCGAGAGGAUCUUUAGAGACGUGAUCUUGCAAAAACCCAAAAGAAGCAGUGCUCUCGCCUGGACCACCAUGAUCGCAGCAUAUGUACAAGUCGGCCAUCUCUACGUUGCUCAAGCACUGGAUCUCUACCAGCAAAUGACAGCCGAAAGCAUCCAGCCGAACAACUUGACCUUCACCAGCGUCCUCUCGGCAUGUUCCUUGAUCGGCCCCCCAGCUCUCGACCUGGGCUCCAAGAUCCACGAGAGAUUCCUCUCCUCCCAACCGUCUAACACGAUGGAGCAACCGUGCUCGCAAUGGGUCUUGACGAACACGCUCAUUACAAUGUACGCCAAGUGUGGGAGCCUCUCCCGAGCGAAGGAAGCGUUCGAGAGCAUCCCGGUCGAGAAGAGGGGCCUGGUUUCGUGGAACGCAAUGCUUUCCGCCUACGCCCAGCUCGGAUCCGACCGCCAAGCCGCGGAUUUCUUUUCGGCCAUGGGAGUCCGGGGCCUGGAGCCCGACGAGGUGACCUUCACGAGCAUUCUCGGGGCGUGCGCGCGGCUGGGCGACCUCGAGCUGGGCAAGCGAGUCCACGCACAGCUCAAGUCAACGGCCCCGGCACUCGAGUCAACCGCCUCGGUCCAGGUGGCGCUGGUCAACAUGUACGCGCGCUGCGGCGACGCAGCGGCGAUGCGGUCCCGCUACGGCAACACCGCGGCGGCGCCCCGCGGUACGCCGCGCGGCGAGCCCGUGUACUGGAACGCGCUCAUCGCGGCGCACGGGCUGUACGGGCACACGCCACGGGUUCUCCGUCUCUUCAGCGCCAUGCAACUCGAGGGGCUCGCCCCAGACGAGGUGACGUUCACGAGCGUGCUUGCGACGUGUGGUAGAUCGCGCGUUGCGCGCUGUGGCCGCGGCGUCUUCCAGGCCAUGAUCUCGGACUAUGGGAUGAGGCCGAGCUUGGCGCACUACCGGUGUUUGAUCCACCUCUUUGGGCGGGGCGGGCAUCUGGGGGCUGCCAAAGAGCUCAUUGAGAGCAUGGAGUACGAGCCCGGGGACGUGGAGUGGACGAGCUUGCUGGGCUUUUGCCGGCUCCACGGCGGCCUAGCCAACGUCAAGCUCGGGCGGGAGGCCGCCAUCCGCGCGCUGGAGAUCAACCCGGAGAACGAGACCGCGUACGUGCUGCUGCUCAAUCUAAAUGCCGCGGUACACAGGCUCGAGGACGCCAAGCGGCGGUGGAGGAGGAGAGUGAUGGAGAACCGGCGGCGGCCGCGGUACCUCUGGCGGUGGAUGAGGGAGCCGACGUGGAGAUCGCUGCUCCAGGGGCAUCCGCACGAGAGGAGGAUGAGUCAACGGCGGCGUCACGCGUUUAUCGAGAAGCUCGACUGGCGGGCGGGGGUCAAAGGGCGGCGCCGCCAGCAGCUGCAGCUGUCCAACAAGCUGCCGGCCAAGACCCUGGCCAGGAUGCACGCUUUCAAGGACUACUUGUCUCCAGAUGCGUGGACUGGCUAG